AGUUGUACGGAAAUACAGAGGGAGCUUGUGAUUUGAUAUGUGUUUUUUUUUUAUAAAUUAACAGAUAUAGUAUAACAUUUCAUAAAACUACGUGGAAUUAUGGAAUUAUAUUUUAAAGUUUUAUUUAAAGUUUUAUUUAUUGCAAACAGUUUGGCUAUACCCGGAAUUUCAAGAGGCUCAGAAAUUCUAGAACUAACAGAAUCAAAUUUUCAGACACAAAUCAAACACAUGAAAUGCAUGUUUCUAUACGCUACCAAAGACGGGUGUGAAAAAUGUGAACUUUUGUAUCACAAGUUUUUGAUUACAGCGCAAACAUUUGAAAGAGAACGUGAUAUUACUUUUGGAAAAGUUUCUGAUAAAACAUUAACAAAUGCCUUUGAGGUGACAUCAUUCCCGGGGAUUGUGUAUUACGAAUAUGGCAGUGCAAUGCCAAAAGUAUAUCUAGGAGAUAUUACACCGGCUGCUCUAGCAAAAGUAGUUUCGGACGCAAUGAAGAUCGACUUAAAAAAAGUAGACAGACGUUUUGCACUUCAGCUGACGACAGAAAACUUUCAUGCUGUCAUUGACACAGAUAAACAGUACCGUCUGGUGAUGUUACACGAGGCUGAUGAUGAAGAUGAAGUGGACUUGUACGAGGAAAUAGCAGAAUCGUACGAGAAUGAACCGGAUAUUGUCAUAGCAAGAAUAAAUGUAGACUCAGACCGGAAGUUACGUAGAGAAUUUAACUCGAUCUCAUACCCAUCAUUUUACUGGUAUGAAAAGGGUGUUGUUGAGAAGAAGAAGCGUUACGGUGGAGGUUUAAAUAUCGAUCAAAUGAUAAGAUUCAUUAAUCAAGAAGGGGGAUUCUACAGGUCUAAAGGCGGGCGGCUAAACCCCUAUGCUGGACUGAUUAAACCACUGGAUGAGGUUAUCAAUAAAUACGGGAAAGACUUGUACGGAAUACGGAAUUUUGAUAAAAUAAAACGAGAGUUAAGAGCGGAAAUAGCUAAACUUCCAGUUAACCAGGAUAAAGAGUUAACUGAUUAUUAUAUGCACCUGGUUGAAGAGAUAGAAGAAGACAGAACGAUUGAAACAUUAGACGAAUCACGAAAUAGAUUGUUCAGGGAGAUGUCAGGAGUCGGGCCAUUAGAAUUUGAUCAACUGGUGAGGAAAAAGAAUAUAAUUCAGAAAAUAAUUGACAUCAUAGGCCUGCAUCUACUUGAAGAGAUAUCUGAUGGAAAUAUCGAUGUCCCGCUAGAUAAUGGUCCGCAAUAUGGAUUCGAAGAACAUGGACUAGAGUUUCACGAAGAACUAUGAAAAAUCUCCAUUGAAUUGCUUAAAAUAGUUUAUUGUUUACAGAGUAUUUCCCUUACAAAUAGUUGUAAAGCAAGUGACAUAUCGGUACUAUAUUUAGGCUACACAGUCAUAUAACCCGGAAGCUAUAGCUGUU